GAAAAAUCAACGCCCGCGUUAGACACACGUACAAAACCCGUAUUCUGCAAAACAGCGGCCGAUACAGAUAGAGCCGAGGCCUUCAAAACAGAUGGCUGCCACUCAGGAUGUGAAAGGGAAGGGAGAGGGAGGGGACCAAAACUUUGACUACAUGUUCAAGCUGCUGAUCAUCGGCAACAGCAGCGUGGGUAAAACAUCCUUCCUGUUCCGCUACGCCGACGACGCCUUCACCUCGGCCUUCGUCAGCACAGUGGGCAUUGACUUCAAAGUGAAGACGGUGUACAAGAAUGACAAGAGGAUCAAACUGCAGAUCUGGGACACAGCAGGCCAGGAGCGCUACAGGACCAUCACCACUGCCUACUACCGCGGGGCCAUGGGCUUCAUCCUAAUGUACGACAUCACCAAUGAGGAGUCCUUCGGCGCUGUGCAGGACUGGUCAACCCAGAUAAAAACCUACUCGUGGGAUAAUGCACAGGUGGUGCUGGCUGGAAACAAGUGUGAUAUGGAGGAGGAGAGAGUGGUGUCAGUGGACAAUGGCAGACUGCUGGCAGAACAGUUGGGUUUUGAAUUCUUUGAGACCAGCGCCAAGGACAACAUCAACGUGAAGCAGACCUUUGAACGUCUCGUCGACCUCAUUUGCGACAAGAUGUCCGAGAGCUUGGACUCGGACCCGGCCGUCACCACAGGAGCUCCCACUGCCAAACUCACAGACAGCGCUCCGCCGCUCCAGCAGCCUGGAUGCAACUGUUAG